AUGGAAAAGUUUACAGGCAUCGAAAAUCCCAUUGGAAGCUAUAGCUGCUAUAUAAAUGUUGUCCUUCAAGCUUUAAUUCAUUUGCCCUCCUUUGUAAAUGCUUAUCAGGCAGAGCCAGAACAUGAACACCCAGCAGGCACAAUUUGUUUAAAAUGCGAACUUCGUGAUUUGCUCUAUCUAAACUCAGUCCCUGACAUCAGUGAGUUAACAUCAAAAAUUAUUAGAAAAUGUCUUGAUUCAGUUACUUUUCAUAGAUUACUAAUAAACCAGAUGGGAUGCGCAACAGAAGCAUUUGAAGAAAUCUUAAAAUAUUUGCAUAGAGAAGGGAUCGACUUCCAAGAAGGUGAAAGCCAAAGUGCGACUGCUCAAGAAUUAGCUAACGAUAGCCCUUGCACUCCUUUAUGCCUAGCGCAUAAAGUAUUUGGAUACCAAGCUUGUGAUGCAUGGAGCUGCUCAUGCAAUGAUGAUACAGAAAUUGAAAAUCCGACGCAAGAUAUGAUUUUAAGAGUCUACGUUGAAGAACUUAGAGAAUGCCUUAUUAGAAAUGAAUGAGAAGAAGCAUUAUUGAAAUGUGUUAAGGCCAAAGAAACUAAUUGUAAUAAAUGUGGGCAUCUCAUGAAUUCUAAUAAAUUGUUGAUUGAAGCUCCUAAAGUGCUUGCGAUUUCUCUCAUUUGAAAUGAGUUAACAAGCCAAGGGAUUGAAGACUUUUUGCUCCAUUUAUCCCCUGUUCUUGAUCUUUCGCAUGUGUUUACGAUUACCGGGCAAAACAGAGAAAUUCAGACCAGAUAUAUUUUGAGAGGAUUUAUAUGCUUUUCACUUGGCCAUUAUUUUGCGUUUGUAUGAAACUUAGAUAGUUCAAAGUGAAUAAAACUUGAUGAUACAGUUGUAAGAGAUGUAGAAAACUGGGAAACCUUGUGCAAUAAAAUGGUUAGGGGGAAAAUGACUCCAAUCCUAAUAUUGUAUGCUCCGAUACACAAAUUGUGCACGGACUUCACACGUGGGAAAUUUUUACGUGUGGAGCCAAAUUCAGCAUAUGGAGCAUUUCAAUUGCGGAAUUUUGGCUCCACACGUGGAAAAAUUUCCACCUGUGGAUUCCAGUACACAAUUUGUGUACCGAACAAUAUGAGUCUGCAGAAUUUUUGGAUACCCUAUAUAAUUCUCCAUGUUGGAAAGAAUCAGAGUAUAUCUCUCUUGCGGGGCUUAAUUGGGGGACUUUUCCUCAUACACAUUCUUGCCAAAUUUAUUAA